AUGGCCGUCGCCGCCCGUGUCGUCCGCCGCUCGCUCAAGGAGGACAAGAGAUUGGCUGCCGAGCGCAGAGGAGAGAUGGACUUGAGAUUCGCCAAGUGGGAGGUGCGUUAUACCCCAUCCUAUGCCUACGACGAGACCGCAAUCCCCAACUCGACGCCCACGCCACGAACCUCAUACCUUGUUCUACAACAAUUCAAACAGUAUCGCUGA